AUGGAAAUCAAGCCGGUUGAGGUUAUUGAUGGUGUUCCCAUUUUUAAGCCGUCCAUGAUGGAAUUUGCAAAUUUUCAGUAUUUCAUCGAUAAAAUUACUAAAUUUGGGUUCGAGAAUGGUAUUGUCAAAGUCAUUCCUCCCAAGGAAUGGCUGGAGCUUUUGGAAGACUCAUCUGUUGUGGAAAAUUUGAAGACUAUAAGUCUCAACUCCCCUAUUCGCCAACAGGUCAAGCGAUGGGAAAAACAAGAAAACGGUAUUUUUACUAUCGAAAAUGAUUAUGACAAUAAAUCGUAUAAUUUAAUACAGUGGAAGAACUUGGCUACGAAGCCAGAUUCUCGAAUAAGCCAAAAUGAUUUUAACGAUGAAACUUUAAAGGAAAAUUGCCGCGUAGAUAGUCAACAAGAUUGUUAUGAUUUGGCAAAAUUAAAGGCUUUGGAAAGUGAUUUUUGGAAAACAACUGGUUUUUCGAAACCACUUUAUGCGGUAGAUGAAAACUCUUCGAUUUUCCCCUAUGAUUUGACUUUAUGGAAUUUUAAUAAUUUACCGGAUUCCAUAAACUCAAGUAAUAGGCAUUUACUUGCUGGCCAGGCUAAAUCCAUUUUCCCAUGGCAUUUGGACGAACAGAAUAAGUGUUCUGUAAACUACUUGCAUUUCGGUGGCCCCAAACAAUGGUAUUCCAUACCGUGCACAAAUACUGAUCAAUUUUUAGAAAUUUUAUCAAAGGAACUAUCAGGUAAUAAGGAAAAUUGUCCUGCUUUCAUCAAACACCAAAACAUCAUAAGUUCUCCUGAUUUCUUGAAAAAUAAAAAUAUAAAAUUUAAUAGAGUGGUACAGUUCCAGCACGAAUUCAUCAUUACCUUCCCCUACAGUUUAUAUUCCGGAUUCAAUUAUGGUUAUAAUUUUGGCGAAUCUAUUGAGUUUAUAUUAGAGCAGCAAACUGUCGUUAGAAAGCAACCUUUAAAAUGCGGCUGUGGUAACAAGAAGGAAGAGGAAAAAGCUGGGGCCUUUUCAAAUUUAUCCUAUGAUUCUAAUGAAUCGGAACAACGAGGAUCCAUUACUGAUAAUGAUAAUGAUUUGUUUCAAAAAGUUCGAAGUUUUGAUGAAUUACUAAAUCAUUCCUCUCAAGAAUUGCAAAAUCUAGAAGAUAAUAAAAACCCCUUAUUUUCCAACAUUAACAUGAACAGGCCGCAAAGUAGUUCACUUCGGUCUACUACACCCAAUGGCGUAAAUCAAUUUCUUAACAUGAAUCAAACUACCAUUAGCAGAAUUUCCUCCCCGUUGUUGUCAAGGAUGAUGGACCUAUCAAAUAUCGUGGAGCCCACUUUGGAUGAUCCGACUUCCAAAUUUAAAAGAAAAGUUUUAACUCCGCAAUUGCCGCAGAUGAAUAUUCCAGCCAAUUCUAGUAAUUUUGGUACUCCCUCUUUAACUAAUACGAAUUCCCUACUAUCUAAUAUAACGACCACCUCAACCAACCCAUCGACAACUACAAAUGGCAAUCAAAACCAUAAUAAUGUUAACACGAAUGGCGUUACCACAGCUACAGCUACCUCUCUCAAUAACAUUAACAGUAGCAAUAAUAGUACCAAUAAUAGUAGUAAUAAUAACGUUUCCACCGUGCCUUCCUCGAUGAUGCAUUCGUCCACUUUAAACGGGACUUCAGGUCUAGGUGGUGAUAACGAUGACAACAUGUUGGCUUUAAGUUUGGCCACAUUAGCUAAUAGCGCUACUGCAUCGCCAAGAUUGACGUUACCACCGUUGUCUUCACCGAUGAAUCCGAAUGGCCACGCCUCAUUCAAUGGCAAUAUGAUGAACAAUAGCAACAACAAUGGGAAUAGUAGCAAUGGUAACAACACAUAUUCUAAUAGUGCGGCUACUGCAGCCGCUACCACUACAUCAGCUCCUCAUAAUCUAUCCAUAGUUUCUCCUAACCCAACAUACAGUCCGAAUCCCUUAUCCCUUUAUUUGACAAACUCCAAAAAUCCAUUAAAUUCAGGCCUUGCCCCAUUAUCACCUUCAACUUCUAACAUCCCAUUUCUCAAGAGAAAUAAUGUGGUUACAUUAAACAUUUCAAGAGAAGCUUCAAAGAGCCCUAUAUCUUCUUUCGUCAACGACUAUAGAUCCCCAUUGGGUGUAAGUAAUCCACUCAUGUAUUCUUCCACAAUCAACGAUUAUUCAAACGGUACUGGAAUUCGCCAAAAUAGUAAUAAUAUUAAUCCCUUAGAUGCAGGUCCAUCUUUUUCUCCUCUUCACAAAAAACCCAAAAUACUCAAUGGUAAUGAUAAUAGCAAUCUCAGCAAUAAUAAUUUCGAUUACAGUUUCACCGGUAACAAGCAAGAAUCUAAUCCAGCAAUCUUGAACAAUAAUACUAAUAGUAAUGAUAAUUAUCGUACGUCUUCAAUGAACAAUAAUGGUAACAAUUAUCAUGCACAUUCUUCUAAGUUUGGUGAAAAUGAGGUCAUUAUGUCAGAUCAUGGUAAGAUAUACAUUUGUCGAGAAUGUAAUAGACAGUUCUCUUCUGGUCACCAUCUAACGAGACAUAAAAAGUCAGUUCAUUCCGGUGAGAAACCUCAUUCUUGCCCAAGGUGCGGUAAAAGAUUCAAGAGAAGAGACCAUGUUCUGCAACAUUUAAAUAAAAAAAUUCCAUGCACUCAAGAAAUCGAAAAUGCUAAAUUAGCUGAAUCAUAG